AUGAAUUUAUUGCCUUUAGAAGACAUUGUUAAUGCAGAAACAAAAAUUAAGGUAGUAUUUAAUCAUAAAAUAAACAACUUCGGAUUUUUAAUCAAUGAUACUACACAAGAUAUAGAAGUAGGCGUCAAAGUAGAUGUUCCUUUAUAUAUUGCGCAAUUUUUGUUGGAAAACAAACACUGUACACUUGUCAAUGAAAUACUUUCUGAAGAAAUAAAAAACGAUUUAAGAGCCAACUCAUCAAUUAUUAAUCUUAAUUUAUUGUACACAUACUUCUACUAUUUUAUUUCUAAUUUUGAAGAUAACGACUACGUUUUAAAUAUUAUGUUUUCUAGAUACAAUUGCCUAUUUAAGUUAAUUUUAAAAGAACGCCUAGACGAGGAUGAUCUAUAUAUUCUUGAUGUUAGUGAAAAGAAAGUUAUUACAACUGCUAGAAAGUAUUUUUUAUUGUAUAGAACUUUUUUUAUUAAAUCGUAG